GGAACCUGUGAGAUAUUUUCACACUUUUUACCUCUUGUUACGCUUAACCACUUGAUUCCAUGGGGUGUUGAUGUGAUUGUGGAGCGGCUGGUGUUGCUGACCUUGGGGCAACAAAUCUUCCUCGUACCAUCAAGAAACCGGGCUCGAUAUGGCUUAUGCUGUCGGUGGCCCUGAUAAACCCAACAACAACAAAUGUUCAGUCUUUAAGAUAAAAAUAGUGGAGUACUGCAGUAGGCCUACCAGGCCCCAUACUAGGGGGCCAUGAAGGAGGCCAGUCUGGAGGACUUGGUGAAUCAGUGCACAUCACAACAAGUGACUGUACGUGUACCUGCAUACCGGACCCUUACACAGAAAUGCACAGGAGAGACAGAAAAAGUUAUUUGGAGUGAUUUUGCCUCGCUGGACGACACACACAAGACCCUCAUUAAUAUAAAAACAGACUUACUCAGUGAAACAGUUGAGACUAGUUAUGAAGCUGCGGGAGUAUGUGGCUGUCUCUUAGCUAAUGAUAGCUUCCUCAGUCUUGUGAAUAGUGAAGAUGAGGUCGAUAUUUUAGAUGCAUUAAUUAAAUCCAUUAAGGAUUCUAAAGAGAAGAAAAUUCUUACCAGAUGCCUCUGGAGUCUAUCAAAGAGCAAACUAAAGAGAGAACUGUUUCUUGAAAAAUUUGAGCAAAUUCUUGAAACUAUUAAUGGCAUUCUUAGAGUUGAAAAUGCCUCAUCAGUUGCAGUUCAUGAAGCUUUACAGGUCAUCCAAUCUUUAUUGGAAAUUGUUCCUAAUGAAAUGGGUAAAGAAGCAAAAAAUUGGUUUCCAUGUGUGUUUGGGUAUAUGUUUAAUGAUGUUAAUAGAAUUCGUACAGCUGCCUUUGCUACUGUCAAUGGAGCAAAAGUCAUAUUUGAAAAAAUGGAAAAUUUCAGUGAUAUUAGAUCAGAUAUUUUGAAGAUGAUAAUACCAGAUCUUAAAGCACAUAAUUGCAAGCGAAUGAAUCGCUUGGUGACUGAAGACUGUACUGACAUAUUGAAGGAAUGGAAGAUGAUUGUACAGUUUUUAGGAAAGGAGCUUCACCCAGGUACAUCACUCAUAAAUGGCCUCCUGGAGGUUGUGGAAAAAGGAUUCAAGAGUUCCAAGCCAGAAAUCAGAGUUGAUGCUUUUAACUGUUGGAGAGCUUUAAUUGAUAAUUUUUCUUUGGAUGAUAGUGUUCUUACACAUUCUAAGAGACUAAAGCUUUUGCUUGCACCUCUUAAAGCCAAUAAUGCUAAAACAGAAGAUAUUGCAUAUGCAAAGCUGUUGGCAUGGUGGCAUCUUGUGUGCAAACUUGGUAAGAAAGCGUCUAUAAAUUUUGACAUGAUUGUAGUACCACUUCUGAGGUUCUGUUUUGGCUGUGGCUCCUCUUCUGGUGGAGCAGCAGUUGGAUUAGCUGAAAGGAAUCUUAUCAUGUCUGGUGCUGCAGCAUCACCAGGAAGAAAAUUUGCUAAUUUACAUGUUGCAUGUGCAGAAAUUUUAGCCCAGAUAAUCUUUGUUGGUAUAAAUAUUCCUGGAGUUCAGACGUACAAUUUCAGCAUGCUUCAGAUGGAAGAACCCCUAUUAAACAACCCUGCACUGUUUGUACGCCAUCAUAAUUUGCUUUUGAACUGUAUAAGUGAAGCAGCACAAAGCCUUAACUUCAAAGAUUGUAAACAAAAUCUUCUUGGGAUACUUCUUUUUCAGUCCAUCCUUGCGCACACACGAGUGGCUAUUAAUCUUGAUUCGAAUAAAAAAGACUCUGUGGAGAUAGUGAAGGAACUUUUUAAUACACUUUCAGUGUUAGAGAAAAACUGUUGUCCAGAAGAUUCUCAAAGUCAGUUUGUUUUCAAGUUCUACGAAUUGGUGACAGUUGGAAAUUUGGCACUUCCUAAAACCGUUUUAAAUUCUAGACAUUAUCAUACAGCAACAAUGAGAGAUAUGAUGAGUGGAACAUUAAGUAAUCAUCUAAUAUGCCAGUUAUGUAAACCAUCUAUUCUUCACUUUGCACCGAUUAAGCCGGGGUUUUUCUCAAUGUGGUUGGUAGUGCUGUCAAACAGCAAACCUUCAACUGGGAAACUUGGAUUCCUGCAGUUUGUAAUGAAGGAGUUAGACAGUGCUGCAGCAAUACUGUGUCCUGCUAAUCCCAGUACUCUUGUGCACAUGUGGUCUGCAGUUGUCCAUCAACUCAUCGAGUACAUUAAAGAGACACAGAUCAUAGAUCAGGGUGAUGGAAGUGAGCAUGACUGGAGUUGCAUCUACAGUAUUCUUCUCUUCCCCCUCAUUCAUUCCAUUGAUGCUCUUAGCUCUGCUGAUCACCAUGUUUAUCAAGAAAUCAUGAAAGACUGGAAUGAGCUCUGGUGUAAAUUUACAGAGCUAACUCCAUUAUCUCCAACUGCUGAACCAAACAGUGAAGUGGAGCACGUAGCUUGUGCAUUAGUUAAUAUUUGUACUGAAAAGCUUACAGCACCACCUGACAUCCAUGCUGCUGCCUACAGUUUGAUGGCUGAUGUUCUGGCUACUCUUACUGAAAAGUUAAGAUACUCAGAACUUGGCAAAACCUCUGUGAGAUUGGUUCAUAGUCCAGCAAAACCGAAGAAGAGAACACAUCCUCUUCACAAUCUAGCGUCUUGUAUAGAACUUUUUAGAAUCCUUUUUCAGAAAGUGAUAAGAAUAGUGUCAAGUCAAAGGCAGCAUGCUGCAUCAAAAUUGUGUGAAGCCAUUAUUCAUGUGUUCGGUGGUAUUCAGCAAACGAAACUGGUAGAUUUGUUGAUAGCACAAGUGAUUGAUCCAUUGUGUGAUUUGCUGAAAGUCAACCCAGCGGCUAGAUUUAAUUCUGAGGUUGAAAAGAGAUUCAUUGCCAUGUUCAAAAGUUUUGGGACAUUGUUAGAAACACAUUUUGGUACAAAGCAUAGUGCUGAUUUGCUGAACAAAGUGGCACCAUUAUUCUUAAUAUCGCUGAAAUCGACUAAUAAACACAUUAAACAGGAAGCACACAAGAUUUGGAAGAGUUGUUUUUCAUCUACAAGUUUCAGUAUACCAGGGAAUCUCUUUGAUGUUCUGAAGGAAUGUGGUCUUCCCCCUGCUAGUUUAACAGAGCUAAAUGGGUCUAUGGAAGACUCCAUAUGUCUCAGUCCCAAAGAAAAUCACUUGGCCCAAGUUGGAACACACAAGCUUAAAUCUCUGAAAGUUGAUUCUCCAGUGUCUGGUAGGUGGAGCCGUGAUGCAACAGUCACAAAAGAGAAGAGUAAGCCUAAGACAAAGCUCGAAGAUAUGAAAGAUGAGGAUUUUGUGAAGAUCAUCUCUCCCUCAUCAAAGAAGAGAGUCCUAACAGAGCACCAGAUUGAACGGAUGAGUGAACGGAGGUCUGAUAUCCCAGCCCUAUAUUCUGAACUCUCACAAGCUGUCUCACAAGAUUUGCUACCAUCACAUUUUGCCUCUCAGAAUUCAUUUGAAGAAUCAUCAGCCAUUGACAUGAAAGGAAGCCCAUUCAAGAAACCAGAUAAAAAUAAGAGCAGCAGCAUUGACCUGGAGGUUUCUGCAAGAGGAAGUAAAGGAGAAAAUAGUACUGAUGAUCAACCAGGUGUUGAAGAAUUAUCUUUUAGUGGAAAAUUUGCUACAGAAAAUAGUGGAAACCAACCCAGUGUUAAGAAUGAGGAAUCUUGUAGAGAAAAGCUAGAUGAAAAUCAAAGAAAUAAGCCAGAAAGAGGGUCUCAGUAUAAAAAUAUUACAGGAAAACCAUUGAACAAAACUGAUGGAGGUGGACAAGGAAUGUGUAAAACUGAGGAAUCUGAAGUAAACUCUAAAAUUCCAUUAGGUUCUAGUGGCAGUAACAAAUUGGAGUCAGUAAGUGCAGUGGGAAUUUUAGAUAGUGCUGAAGGUGAAGAAUCAAAUAUAUUAAACACAGAAAGCCCAAAAAGAAAAAUUAAUGAAAAGUUUAACUUUGCAGAGGUAACUGACUCUGAGAUAAACUUAGAGAUUCCAUCAAACAAAAGUGAAAAACAUGAAAAAAUUAGUGUUUCUGAUAAAGAUGUGUUAGCUUCAAAAACUGAUACUUUUAGAACUUAUUCUAACAAAAAGAAAAAGGAAUCAACGUUGAGAAGAUACGGCAGUGGAGAUAGUGAUUAUACAGAUGAGGAUUUGAAUGAGGAAUUAAGAAGAACUUCACUUGAACUGCAGAAGUCUCUUAAUAGCUGUAGUGCUGAAUCCGAUAAAAAGUUGAAAUUACGUGAGUUUCGUCAUAGAAAGGCACAGGUACCUGUGAAAAAAUCUUUAAGAGAUAUCCGUAAAAGCUUUAAAAGAACAGGUUCGUCCAUUACCACAACUUUAGAUACAGGUAAAAUAGACUCUCCUCGUUCCCAAAGACAAAUGCAGGAACAUAGAAUAAAUUUCAAGCAGGUGGCUGUCUCACCCAGUGUAAUUCAGGAUCAUAAGAUUGUAAAACAAAUCCCCGAAGUCAAACUCACGGAUGGUGCAUUGUUGGUGAAGCAUGUCAUUUCAAAGUGUGUGUCUGAUACAGAUUCUGAGGAUGAAAUUCCAAAUUCUCAGGUGAAUGGGGUAACUGAUUCUUUCAUGUCUUUCAGUAAAAGAGAGGCUACAGUUUCUUCAUGUAAAAGCAGGUCUGUUGAAGGAGUUAUGGAGAGCAAUACAAGUACAAGAUUAAUAAAGGCAAAAAGAAAGCGAAAUUUGCCAGAGGAAUGUGAUUUGGCAGUAAACCUAGACAAGAAACAGAAAGUAGAAGAAAUAACUGGACAAAUGCCUGUGGAGAAGAGGAGCUCAAGUGAAGAUUCUGUGGUAUUAAUUGAAGAAAAUAUUGAAGAACAGCAGCAAGAUCAACGAAUAGGAGGUCAAAGAAAAGGCAAGGAAAAUCAAAAGCAGCAAAUAGUUAGUGAAGAAAUGCCUGGAAAAAAUUCCAGGAAGAUGCCUACUCGCAAGAAUUCUCAAAAUUCUUCAGACAGCCAAAGUAAUUUUGAUCGUAGCGAAGGCACUUCAUCCUACUGCACCCCAACCAAAGUUACUAGAUCUGGACGGAAAGUUGUAGCCCCAAAUAGAGACAUGCCAGAGCCUAUGACACCCCCUGGUAGUUCUAGUUCCAAAAAGAAAAAAUCAUCACAAGACUUACUAGUGGUGUCUUAUGUAGGAGAUUGUGUUCCUAAAGUAACAGAGGCUUUAUCUUCUCAGGAAAGUAUAUAUCCAAAAAAAUCUGUCCAAAAGAAAAUCACAGAUAUGUUUAGCAAAAAUGACAAGAAAAUAUUUGAAGUAGAAGCUAGUGAUGAUUCUGAAGAUGGUGAUGCUCUUCCAGAAAUGGACGAUAUAAAUGAUUCGCAGCUUUAUGAUGAAGAUAAAGACGAUUAUGCUCCCAAAAAGGACGAAUCAACAUCAUCAGAUAUUGACGGUGAUACUGAUAUAGAUCAGUCAGUACAUGCUGUACAGAGAAAUGUCUCAACUCCUACAGUGGCUCAAAAAUCUGAGCAGUCAUCUUCCACAAAGGAGCCCCUGAAGGAUAAUGUCGUACUAAGUAAUGAAGGAAAAAAUAAUGAAAGUGUUAUAGAUGUAGACAGUGAAAGCAAUAGUGCAGAUUGUAAAAAUAAAGAAACGAUAGAGUGCGAUAAAAGCCUUAAAAAAUCCUUCAGUUAUUCUAAAGUAAGAGAAACUAAGGCUCACACAUCUACUGAAAUUGAUAAUGAGAAUAAUGCAGUCCCUCCUACAAAUGAUAGAUCUGAAAUAAGUGAUGUAGAAAUGGGUGAAAAUUGUGAGCCACACAGAGCCAUGGAACCACAAGAAUUAAUGUCAGAAAAUGUGCUACCUGUAGUAGAGACGAAGAUCAAGGGUGUAAUGCAAGAGAAAGUUGAUUCUCUCUCUGAAGAAUCCAGUUCUUUUGAAUGUGGACAAGCAGUGGAUGAACAGCUAAAUGAAAUUCCUGAAAAAUAUAAUGCCAGGGUAAUUGAUUGUAAUGCUGAUAAAUCAGGAGAUGCAAAGAGUGUAGAAUGUAUAAGAGAGAGUGAAAUGAUUAAUGGCUCUCACAGUACACACCAACAGGACUUUGGGAAGGCUAUGAAUUUAGAGGAAUUAUGUUCAGAGAAGGUUAUAGAGGCAUCAGUAAAUACAUAUUCUGAUGUCUAUAUUGAAAAAAAUUCUGAAGAUUGUGUUAAAACUUCACAAAAAUUAAGUGGCAAGAGUUCAGAAAUUAGCAGCAAAGAUUUAAAGAAACCAAGUUCAGAAAAAGACAACUAUUCAAAGAAUUCUCAUGUAACAUGUGUAGGAGAUUCAGAAAAGGGUGUGAAUGAGAUGGAGAAUUCAGGAAAGAUACUGGUAAAUGAUUCAGAAAACUCUAAUAAUGAUGAGUUGCAAAAAGUAGGUAGUAACAUGGACAGCAGUAAUAAAGGUUUUGGGAAGAUGCUCGUGGAGUUCAGUCUAACAGCUAGGCAACAGGAGGAGGAACUCUCGCCUGAGAAGCCCUGUAUGUCAAGACUGCAUUCAGCAGUCAGUACACCAGAAAGACAAAAAAAGAAAGGUACAUUUAAAUAUGCUGGAUCUCGAGCAGCAAUGCUGGUUGCCUGUGCAAAGCAAAACAUAAGAAAUCGAGGAACAAAUGAAGGAGAAUCACCAUCUAAAUGUGGAGGUGAUGCAUCACGGCAUCGUCACAGUGGCUCGCCUUAUAGAAGAAGCACACCAGGUCGUUUCUCUCCUAGUACUCCUCCAAGUCGUAAGAGGAAAAUAUGUGACAGUGACAGUGAUCGUCCUUGGAUGAAACAUGAACCUUCCCCAGGAGCGUCUCCUUCACCAAGCAUCUUGAAAAAAGCUACUUUGGAUGAUAGCAUCAAUAGAGAAACGCCUUCACCGCCACCUGCAAAAUAUAGACGGGUCAGUUUUGCCGAUCCUCCAGUCUCAGACCGUGUUGAGAUUCCUCCCUCUCCUAAGACUUUGAAAAGCAUUCGGGCACAAAAGAGACUGGACAUGACUAAUGUUUCUUCUCCAGUGAAAGAUAUUGAUUUUCCUUCUCCAAGUAAGGAAUCCCAAGAGGCAGAUUCUCCUACUUCGGUGAACUGCAGUCAGCCAUUAUACCCAUCACUGAUCAACUGUCAAGAGAAGGUUGAUAAAGUGGCCCAUCAACUAACGUCUCCUGCAUUGGUUGAGGGCCUAAUGUCUAUUCUUGGGGAACUUGGAGUGCAUACUGUCGGUCAGUUAAGUCAUCUAACUGAGGCUGACGUCAACAAGUUGCCAGUACGUGCCCCAAAAAUUGCUGCAACUAUAAAAAUUCUCAAGAAAUAUGAAGAAACGGAAUUAAAAGAAGGCAAGACAUCAUCAGAAUCUGUGUUGGAUGAUGUUGAAGCUCAGUUAAGUGAAAUAUUUGGAGAGGUUGACCGUGAAGACAAAGAAAAUCAGCAGCCCAACAACCAAGUGCAUUUGCUGGAAAGUGGAAAAUCUGCGGAUAACAACCUGGAGAAUGAGGAAACCAGUGAAAAUAGAGAGAGUAACAGAGUGGAUAUUCUCGGGAUGGAUGAAGAUGUCACGCCCUUAGAUACUUUGCUCGAUGAUUUGAACCCAGGUAUUAUAAAAUCAGUUUGCACGAGAGCAAACGAAAACCCGGCAUUCCUCGAAUCUUUGGUCGACCACUUGGAUGCAGAUGCUAAAGAAUCGCUCUUCUCCAUAUUGAUUGACAAACUGCAAUAUUCAUUUCUUAUUGACUGUUUUCAUCAUUAUUUAAAAUCCAGAAACACAGCUGAAGAUACAUAACUAAGUUAGGGUAACUUUAUUGUAUAUAGUAUAGCAAAAGUCUGUUGGCAGGGGUGCCUACAGGUUCCUAUGUAUAAAUGUGAGAAUUGUUCUAAGGAAUGAUUGAACAAAAGAACAUUUAUUUUGAGGAUGCACUUAGAUGUUCUGUGCAAAUUCAUGUACGCUGGCUAAGAGUACAUACUACUAAUAUUCAUAGUCUGUUACCGUAUAUUUGUAUUAUAUAAUGAGUACAAAGCUUUAAUAAUGUUCCACAUAAAUGUUUGGUCAAAAAUUUUCAGCGUGUAGUUGACAAUUUCAUGAUUUGUUUUUGUUUGCAGUAUAUUUUUUUUUUCUACAGAAUGAGUAAGCCUUCAUUUUUUCAGCAACUCAAUAAAGCUUGGAGUUAUGUACAGAGAAAUCUUCCUAAUAUAGUCAUACGAUUUUGAUUUUUUUUUUUUUUUUUUUUUACCUAUUUUUAGUUAUGCUGUGUAAUUAAAGCUUUUAAAGAUAUACAUUUGUUUUGUAAAAAUGUUUUUAUUAUACAUACAGACAUUGUUUUAAACCAGUAUAACUAGAAUUAAUUCACUUACAGUAUGUAAAAAUAUGGCAUUCCCUAAAUAAAGCUUUUAUA